AUGGUCCCGUCCUCAGUCAGUCAGCUCUGCUCCUCACUGCUGACUACUACUCCACUCCUUUCAUUGUCACACUGACACAGUUAUUCCUGUAGAUAGAGUUAAGACACAAGUCGUUAUGCGGGUAACCACAAUAGAGAAAGAGGGACACAAAAACUAGACAUUUCUAUUUACUGUCGGCAACAGCUAAUAGGGCUAGCUUUUUAUGUCAUUGACUUAGCUCUCCCCAGAAUUAGCUGUUGUCUUUACACACAACUGAGUACGAGGUCUGAAAGCCUCCAUGCUGAGUUUUCUCCUUUGAAAGACUAACUAUCACCUUAAUAAGUGAGGUUUAGCUGCAAAGAGAUGGCAGACAGUGCGGGGCUGCAGUUUGUCAGUCCUUAUGCUUUUGAAGCCAUGCAGAAGGUGGAUGUGGUUCGCCUGGCUGCCCUGAGUGACCCAGAGCUGAGGCUGCUGCUGCCCUGCCUGGUCAGGAUGGCUCUGUGUGCUCCAGCUGAUCAGAGCCAGUCCUGGGCUCAGGACAAGAAGCUGAUCCUCCGCCUCCUGUCUGGCGUGGAAGCUGUCAACUCCAUCGUGGCACUUCUUUCUGUUGACUUUCAUGCCUUGGAGCAGGAUGCACGGAAGGAGCAGCAGUUAAGGCACAAGGCAGGUGGAUCCAAUGGAGAAAGCAUCCUGGUGUCACAAUUACAGCAUGGUCUGACUCUGGAGUUUGAACACAGUGAUCCUCUCAGGAGACUCCGUCUGACCCUCAGUGAACUAUUGGCCAUCAUGAACAAGGUGGCAGACUCGAAUGGAGAGUUUUUCUUAAAGUCCUCUGAACUCUUUGAAAGCCCCGUUUACUUGGAAGAGGUUGCUGAUGUCCUUUGUAUUUUACAAGCAGAGCUGCCUUCCUUGCUGCCCAUUGUGGACGUGGCAGAGGCUUUGCUUCAUGUCCGCAAUGGAGACUGGUUUUUGUGCCUAUUGGUUGCCAAUGUCCCUGACAGCUUCAAUGAAGUGUGUAGAGGUCUGAUUAAGAAUGGAGAGCGUCAGGAUGAGGAGAGUGUGGGUGGACGGCGAAGGACUGAAGCCCUCAGGCAGCUGUGCCAGAUGAAUCCCUCUCAGGCUCUCAACAUCAGAGCUAUGGUGGUAGAGGAGUGUCACCUGCCUGGGUUGGGUGUUGCUCUGACUUUGGACUAUAAACCAGAUACAGCAGAUGAGGCGGUCAGUCCUCUGGUCUCUUACGUCAGUGGACUACUGUUGGGUACCAACAGCAAAGUCCGCACCUGGUUCAGCAUGUUCAUUCGCAAUGGACAACAGCGAAAGAGAGAAAGCAGCUCAGUGCUAUGGCAGAUGCGUAGACAGCUACUGUUAGAGCUGGUUGCCAUCCUACCACGCUCACGAAGCACCCAUGUACCAAAUGACCACGACAUGGAAGAGGAUGGCAGCUCAGGGUACUCAGGACUCCGAGAGGAGCAUGUUGUGAAGGCUAGCGCUCUGCUUAGACUGUACUGUGCUCUUAUGGGCAUUGCUGGCCUCAGACCCACAGAUGAAGAGGCAGAGCAGCUCCUGCAGUUGAUGACCAGCCGGCCUCCAGCUACUCCUGCUGGUGUUCGCUUUGUCUCUCUGUCAUUCUGCAAGCUGCUGGCCUUCCCCACACUGGUCAGCACGCCAGAGCAAGAGCAACUGAUGGUCAUGUGGCUCAGCUGGAUGAUUAAAGAGGAGGAAUACUUUGAGAGUGCUGCAGGCGUAUCUGCUUCUUUUGGAGAGAUGCUAUUACUGGUUGCCAUGUAUUUCCAUAGCAACCAGCUCAGCUCCAUUAUCGAGUUGGUGUGCUCCACUUUGGGGAUGAAGAUUGCCAUCAAGCCCAGCUCGCUCAGCAAGAUGAAGACUAUCUUCACACAGGAGAUCUUCACAGAACAGGUGGUGACAGCACAUGCAGUCAGAGUCGCAGUGACCAACAACCUAAGUGCAAACAUCACAGGAUUCCUCCCCAUUCACUGUAUCUACCAGCUGCUCCGGAGCCGAGCCUUUACAAAGCACAAAGUUUCCAUUAAGGAUUGGAUCUAUCGGCAGCUCUGUGAGACGACAACCCCUAUCCACACCCAGCUGAUUCCUUUAAUCGAUGCCUAUAUCAACUCCAUCCUCACUCCAGCAUCCAAGGCCAACCCAGAGGCCACCAACCAGCCAAUCACUGAGCAGGAGAUCCUCAAUGUCUUCCAGAGCUCCACUGGGCAAGGGGAGGGCAGUCGAGGAGGCCGACAGCGCUACUCCAUCACCACCCAGCUCCUUAUCCUCUACUACAUCCUGUCUUAUGAGGAGAACCUGUUGGCGAGCACCAAACAACUGGCCCUCAUGCAGAGGAAGCCUAAGUCCUACUCAGCUGCUCUGAUGGACCAGAUCCCCAUUAAAUACUUGGUUACUCAAGCCCAGGGACUGCAGCAGGAGCUAGGAGGUCUUCACUCUGCCCUUCUGAGGCUGCUGGCCACCAACUACCCCCAUCUGUGUCUGGUGGAAGACUGGGUUUGUGAGGAGGAGGUGACUGGUACCCUGCCCCUACUGAGGAAGAUGAUGCUGCCCAGCAACACCUGCAGAUACACCCAGAGCCAGCUCCACCAGGCCUUCCAGAAGUUACCCUCCAGUAGCCCCAGACUGAUGCGGAUCCUGGAGCAUUUAACACUGCUUUCACCUGGAGACCUGAUCCCUUACGCCGAGGCCCUCACAGCCAGCAUGGCUCUGCUGCUGGAGCCUUCUGUGCCUCGACGAAUACUGCAGACCCUGAACAAGCUGUGGAUGGGACUCAACACUGUUAUGCCUCGCAGGUUGUGGGUGAUGACUGUAAACGCCCUCCAGCCAUCAGCUAAACUGCUCAGGCAGCAUACGUACACUCAGAAUGACCUGAUGGUGGACCCUCUCAUCGUGCUGCGCUGUGAUCAGAGGGUGUACAGGUGUCCGCCUUUAAUGGACAUUGUGCUUCACAUGCUGAAUGGCUACCUGCUGGCCUCCAAAGCCUAUCUUCACUGUCACUUGAAGGAGACGGCUGACUUUGAUCGUCAGAGCCAGACUGUCUCAAACCUGGGUGUUGCUGGACAGCCAGAUACACCUGAAGUCACCCGGGAGGAGCUGAAGAACGCCCUCCUAUCUGCACAGGACAGCGCGGCCGUCCAGAUUCUACUGGAGGUGUGUCUUCCAACCUCUGAAGAGCAGCAGCUGGGGGCCAACACAGAGAGCCUGCUGAGGAGUAUUAGGGACCCCUUACCAGGGAAGUCCAAACAGGGAAACCUGGGGCUGAGAGCCUCAGGGAGCACAGAGGACGCUGAGCCUGAGGGAGGCCUGCUCAGUGACCUGAGGGAGGUGCAAUGUCUCAUCUGCUGUCUGCUGCAUCAAAUGUUCAUUGCCGACCCAAACAUUGCCAAGUUGGUGCACUUUCAGGGUUACCCUCAAGCUCUGCUGCCUCUCACUGUGGCAGGCAUCCCCUCCAUCCAUAUCUGUCUGGACUUCAUCCCAGAGCUACUGGCCCAGCCCCAGCUGGAGAAGCAGAUCUUUGCAAUCCAGCUUUUGUCAUACUUGUGUACCCAGUAUGCCCUGCCCAAAUCACUCAGUGUGGCCAGGUUGGCCAUCAGUGUCAUGGGAACGCUCCUCACAGUGCUGACUCGUGCCAAGCGUUUCUCCUUCUUCAUGCCCAUCCUGCCGUGCCUGGUGUCCUUCUGCCAGGCCUUCCCUCCUCUAUACGAUGAUGUGGCUGCUCUUUUGGUACAAGUGGGCCAAGUCUGUGCCUCUGAUGUCUCCACCAAGGCUCGUGACAUGGACCCUCUCAUUGCUCGUCUGCAGUAUCUGAAGGAAAAACCUCAGGGCGCCGUUUCCCCAGCAGGACGGUCAUCCAAGCUGACUUUACCUCAGAGGACAGCAGAGGAGCUGGGUGGAGCUGACCCUGACGUCCAGCUCUGUUACUGUGUGGAGGCCACCUUCAUGGACAUCAUCAGCUCCACCCUCCAUGGACUAUAGAGUUAGAUGUGACGUUAUUAUACAAGAAGAGGAGGGACUUGACUAAAAUAAACAACUCUAAGCACUUCCUCUUAAAGACACUGACACUCCUGCAGGGGCUACACACAGAACCUGCUCAUGUUUAACAGACUUGUCACAUUUUUGAAGCUUUCAGACGAUGAAAGGGUCAGUGUUACUCCUUCUGUGUACAUAACAACAUGCUGUACUGAACAUGUAACGUGGUCUAUUCAGUUUGAAUUUCAGUCAAUUACAGACCACUAUCAGGCUCUUUUUCUCACGCCCUGUAAAUGAACUAUGAUUUUGGAUUUAUUUAGUAAAUGUUUGUGUUCUGUCAGUUUAUAGAAAGUAAAAUAUUGAAAAUGUUAAGUGGGUCCAUUUCCUGACCUCGAGGCAUAUUUUUCUAAGAUCUUAUUGUUGUGACCUUUUCCUCUGCAACUGGAAGAAAGAAAAUGUUGCCUUGAAAUAAAUGUAGAGCUUUUGUACUGUACUUGUUUGUAAUAAAACAAAAAAACAUGAA